AUGGCUUCGUUGAAAUCUAUGCGCAAAACCGGUGCCUUGCGGCGUCUCGAGGCCAAGGGGGAGAUCGAGACGAUCCUUCGAAUGCCAGUCUCCAGGUUAGCCCUGGAAACGCAAAGCUUGGAGAUCGCCGCCUUGAAUGACAAAGGCCAAGUGAUCGCGCGGCAUGCCUUCCAACUGCACCAUCUGGUGCGAGCGCCCAUGCGCGCCAUUUCCUUCGAACCGUGCAACAUGCACAUGGAGGAUCAAAGCGACCAGCGAAUCUCCGCAGAGGUCCAGGUGCGGCUCAUGGGACUUCAUAGAGUGAAGCACAAGGAUGCCAUAAAGCGGCUGGCGAUCAAGGUUACCGCAGAUGAUGCGUCUUCAGACACCGAGACCUCGCAAGACGAAGGUGAGGAGAGCGUUGCCCUGGUUGAUCGGUCCUUCUCCUUGAAGUGGGUGAAUUUCAUCUAUGGCAAGCUCCACCCGAAGAUUUCCGUAAUCAUCGCACGGAUGAUGGAAGACCGCUUUGGCCUGAUCACACAGAUGCUGCAGGCUCGCUUGCCAGGCCCCUUGAAGGACAUCCACUUCAAGUAUUUCCGCCUCGGGGAUACUCCACCUGCUUUCGGACCGAUCACAGUGGCGGAGACGCUCCGUGGCCAUCGAAGUGCGGGCAUCGAGAUGCAGGUGGGCUUUCAGCUCGACACCAAUGCACACAUGGAGCUGAGCGUGCAUGGCGCCAACUUGGGUAUCGAUCGGAUCCGAGUGCAGGGUCAACUGCUGGUUCGCUUGGGUCCGCUCCUGGAAGAGGUGCCCGUUCUCGGUGGCAUCGUGGCAUGCUUCCUGAACCCACCAGACCUGGAGUUGCAGUAUUGCGGCGUUGCGCACUGUGUUGAAAGCACCAUGCUGGCCAACCGUUUCCAGAAGAUGGUGGACGUGGGGUUGGCAAGUGCCCUAGUGCUGCCCCACGUGUUUUCCGUCCCAAUCGGCACGGAGGCGCAGGCCGUGGACCGAGCUCUUCUGGCGCAUCCGAAACCGAUAGGUGUGCUUCGCGUCACGGCCGUGCGUGCCACCAACCUCCGUGAAGGUUGGCCUCUGAAGCGCUCCAGAAGUCCCUACCUGAGCUUGUCUCUCGCGGGCGAGGAAUGGCAGACUUCAGCAGUGUGGUCAAGCUUGAACCCUGAGUGGGAUGAGACCCAUGAUUUCCUCGUAUACGACAAGCGCCAAACACUGGGCAUUGAAGUCGUUGACACGAACUCACUUUUUCUGCGCAAAGUCAUUGGCUACGCUGACCCCAUCUUGGCGACAGACACAGAAGCGCACUCGGAAAUCCCCCUUGCUCUCUUCGACUGCCCGGAGAGCUCAAACACACCGAAGGCUGCCUCUCACCCACGUCAUCCGGCCGGAAAUGUGGAGCUUCGCUUGGACUGGCUGAACUUUGUCAGGCAUGGGCGAAAGGGUCCUGACGGCUUCUGCGUUCUGCGUGUGAAGUUCGAUGAAGUGGAGGUUCCUACGCAGUUGGUCGAUCUGCGGAGCACCAGUGAACUGGAUCCCCUUCGAGUUCGCAUGUGUGCCAGCAUCGGGAAGGUUAAGAAGUCGACGCCCGAGGUGGCGUGGUUUAAACGAGACCCGACUCAGCAGGACCCUCGAACGAUUGAGUUGGACAUCGAGAAUGUGCUCUACAUGCUCAUUCACAAAACGGAUCUGGACUCCGGAACUUUGGAGCUCGAGUUGCUGGACGGUCACGACAAAGUCCUAGGCUCUUCCAGCCUCGAGCUUCACAAGGAGUUGGAGGCAACGGGACAUGCCGUGUGGAACAACCAGCGCCCACAUCGCAGGUUGCCUUUGCGGCAUGGUACAGGUCGACCUUGCUUGGCUGACGUGGAUAUCUCGUUCCAGGGUCUGCGAGCGGUAGCAGUAUGGUGGCACGGCCACGGCCUGCAGAUGAAGGCGCUGGAGGUGGCUCGACUUCUUCGACGAGGCGGUGACUCCUCGCAGGCGGCUUCUCGCUUCCUCGAGGGCCUCCGCAGCGUGGGGUGCCAGGCUCCAUCGGCAGGAGGGGGAGCUGUGAGGGCCGGCAUCUUUACUUUCGAGGAUGCUGCCUCUUUGGCUUUGCGUUUUGCACGUCACGCGCCGCCACCGCCUCGGAGAUUCUUCGAGGAGGUAGCGUCCUGCCUGGAGGCUCCACUGCGUGAGGCCGCGGCGGAGCGCCCAGUCGCAUUGCCAGUCUCGCUGAGUCGUGACGAGGAGACAGAUUCCGUUCUGGCUACAGGCACAUCGGCUGUGGUCCUUGCAGACGCGUUUGCCCGCACUCGCUGUGAUGAAGGCAUCAAAGUUCUGGGACUGGUAUGCCUCAGUGCACCACCAAAUCUGAGCAUUUCGCCCGUGGAAGUGCUCCAGCUGAUUGAGUCGCUAUCCCUACUUGGGCCGCAGGCGUUCCGAGACCCAGCUGUUCGCAGCUUUUUGCUGAUGCGGCUGCAAGAAGCCUCGUCGCAAAUGGAUGCCUGCUCGCUGGCGCAGUGCGGUCGGUAUUUGGCAGAAGCAGGCCUCUACUCUCCCGAGCUCAGCGAAGAGAUCGCCCAGCAUCUCGCAGCUAAUCCCUGGUGCUUCACACCGGGCGAGUUGCAAGAUCUCUUGCCACACUUCCAGACAUGGAAACUCGGCGAGGUUCACAAGAAGGCUUUCCACAGCCUCGGCCGCCGCAUCUCUGAACACGCCGAGCUCUUAAGCCCCGUGCAGGCCCUCCAGGUCAUCGAGACCUUCACCAACAUUGGGAGUGUCCACGAAGUCGCUCUGCAGACGCUCUUUCUGCGUUUGCUACUGGAGCGGUCUUUCACAGAGCUCCCCGAGGAUGGGAUCGCCCGGCUUGCUGCAUCAAUGUCCAAGGUUCAGCAUUACCACACCGGAUUGCUGCGAGAGAUCGUUAUCCACAUCAGAGAAGAGCCCGAAGUUCUCGCGGCCUGGGGUCCAGAGCAGCUCAGCGGCCUUUUGAGGAGCCUGGGCUUGGCUCCAGUCCGUGUGCCUGCUGCCACUCAGAUUAUGCUUGGCUGCAGAUACACAGCCCUUUUGCCCGACAUGACCAAAAAGGACUUGAAGGAGUUCUUCGAAGUGUGUGGCUGGCAUCCGGAUCUUCUCCGACGUGUUCUUGGCACCCAGGCGGCGCGAGGGCUCCCCCAGAGUCUGGCAGCCGCUGCACGUGAAUGGGGGCCUCGUGCCUGUUCAGAUGCAGCUUUGGCGUUGACGCUUGCGGCUGACACAUCCGCAGCCAAGGCCUUCACCUUUGGAUGCCAGGGUUGCUCCUGCCAAGCAGGCGCUUCCAGCGCGCAGCGCCCACGUGCACACUUCCGCUCCGAGCAGCCUGCGUCGCAGUUGCAGGUGAUCCUUCGUGCAGCCCGCACAUACAAGGAUCCUGGUUUGCGGCAAACUGUCGCGAGACCGGAGAUGCCACUGAAGCGCCAUGCAAAGCACCUCUAUCUUGCUGGGGAGGAGGCGCCUCUGAAACUGCUGCAGGGCAGUGGGAAGUGCCAGGCGCUCUGGGCCCUACCCGUCCGCGGCCGCCGCAGCUCUCAGCGAGAGCUGCCGGGGCAGUUUCUACAGGUAGCAGCGGCACUUCUCUCGGAGGUGUUGCCCACGCUUCUCGGGCGUCUCCGUGACGGUUCCAAUGCUUUAUCGGAGCUUCCUGGUGCUUCACUCAUUCCGGCUCUUCUGGGAGAGCCGGCUCCCUUGGAGAGCAUCGGCGGGCCGUUGCCACCUCCAGUGGAGACCCCCGCUGAGGAUCAGGUUCUUCUGGGAGAGAGGCAGCUCCAGCUUCCGCUGGAUGACGUGGAAAUGCCAGGGCAGCAUCGAGCAGCUCCGGCUUCAAUCCCGUGGUGGGAGAAGAUCUCGGAGCCUUCCAUUGCUGACGCCACGCCCGAAACCGAGUCAGAUGAGCGCGAGCUCGAGAGCAUGCGGCGCUCGGAGAUCUUGGAGGUUUGUGUGCAGUCGUUGGCUGUCAUGCAGCUUUGCUUCUCGGCAGGUCCGUCGACACGUCUCUUUUAUGUACUGCCUCUUCACACGCUCAAGACCAUGGCAGCAAUGCUGCCCAUGGUCAACUUCCUCUUGCGGCCUCGCAGAGAAGAUGAUGCUGUUGCUCAGCGAUACCACCUGGGUCCACAGCGAAUGGAGGCUUUCGUGCGACGCCCCGAUGAGCACAUGCAGAAGGAGGUAUACAAGGCGACCCAAGACCUGAUUCCUAUGAUCCCCGGGCUGCUGGGCUGGCGAUACUGGCCUCGGCGGAAGCGGGACACUGUGCACGGAGAGGAGACGGGUGGUGCCUUGCUAUCCUUGCAAAGAGACCUGGAGGUGCCCCCCUUCGUGAUUUGCAUAGUCCUGAGACCGAGAAAGCCGCAGAACACCCAGCAGAGCGCCGAUGGCUCUUUCUGGACUUCAUCGCAGUCUGAGACCUCAAGACCACCUGAGAAGGAUCACGGGUUCAUCUGGCGACGUUUCCCAGCCAGUCGGGACUACUCCCAGCCUUUCCGACUGACUAGAGGUCUGGGCGAAGGAAUGUUCACACUGCGAAGAUGCGCCAGACAAGGCGAGUUCCGAAAGCCUCUUGCGAGCGAUCGUAAGGAGGUCAUGGAGAAGCCUAGUAUACUGAGGUGCAACAAGCUGGCAGCAGAGCGCCUUAAACAUGAGGCCCUGACCGUGGUUCAGAGAAGGGCAGCCUUCCAGCAGUGGAGCCUGAACUUACUCUUCCUUAAGUGCCACUGCGACGGCAUCAGCUUUGGCAGCCCUGUGCUAGUGAGCAAAGUCGUGGAGGUCUAUGUCACGAAGAUUGAUGACAAGAAGCGGUCAGUCGUCGUGACCUUCGCAGCGGACAAGAAGGUGUGGAAGGAAGUGCCAUUCUCCAAGCUAGGAAGGAAAGGCUGUCCAUUGCAGCCCUUGUCCAAGAUAUCGGAUUCGUGCCUGGCCAUGGCAAACAGGGCUCUUCUUGCCCCGGAGCUUGUCUACAGAGACUACAAGCACAGCGAUGAUGAAGCAUGCAAGGCCCUGGAGAUGCGCGCCAUGCAGGGUUCGCGCUUCCCAUGGCUGCAGAAGUUCACGCGCAUCUUCAUUCGAGCCGGCUUUCAGCACUUCCUCACAUUUGACGCAAAGCCCCGCCAAUACGAGGACCACAUCAUCCGCGUUGCAGAAGAUCGAUCGGAAGGUGGGCGCAUUGUAGCUGUCGGCUGCGCCGCCCUCAAAACUGCACAGCUCCACGGCAAGAUGUGCAAGGUUGCCUACAUCUUCGACCUGAGGGUUGACGAAGAGUAUCAGGGAUACGGCGUCGGCAAGGCCUUGACACAACAGAUUGAGGAUGCCUGCGAAGCGAAGGGAGCAAAGUUUCUCUACCUGACCGUGAAUUCUGACAACGUCAAGGCGAAGUCCCUUUACUCCAAGCGUGGCUUCGUCCACGCCUCCCACCGAAGUCCUGCCAUGGCAUUGCUGGCUUUCCCCGAGCAGGAGGACCUCUGCCACAUUGCAGACACAUGCUUGCUCUGGGGGGUCUAUAAGGUUGUAUCAGGCAUUUGUUUGUGUGUUUCUUGCAGGCUAUGCCAUUAUGCGUUUCAGGAUUAG